AUGCGACCUUCGUCAUACUCCCGAUUGUUUGGGCUGUUGACUUUACUGACUUCAACCAGGGCAGAGCAGAAUGGGACAGGAUCAGGAACCGAGACGCCUUAUUUCACCAUCGAAAGUUCAGCUGCAACCGUAUACUACGAUUUGAAAGGUGGUAACACAUGCAGCAAUAUUUUCGGAGAGAAUUGGUCAGUGGCUACUGGUAUGACGGGACCGGAAGCCACUGCGCCAGCUUGCGAGUGGACAAGAGGAAAAUCCCUCACUGAACUGGACAUGGUCACACCUAUUGCCAUGAACAACUUGUUGAUCGAUAAUGAUCUCUUGAACUGGUGUGGAAGAAUCGUCAAUGUCUACAAAGCUGAUGGUAUACCCUACGUGAUGGACUCCGGACCAUUCUUCAUAUGGGAUGGUUGCGAGAAUUGCGGUAAAGACGAUAUAAUCGAUAUGAGUGCCGAAGCUAUCAUUGGACUUCAAGAUCAGAUCCCUCAAUCCAACUCGGGAUGCGAUAACCCGCAGGGACUGAGGAUCGAAGUGACAAACGAUUAUUACUGGAAACUGCAAUAUGGUGGUAAUGUUAUUGAAAAUCCCACUGAAGCUGAUAAAGGAUCAGGAACCUUUGCUGGACCAAUUCCUACAGCUGUUACCACUUCGGGAGUGGGUUCGAUCGAUUGGAACAAUCCUACUGCGACCCAAGCCCAAUCUCAACAAGUCUCUUCCGCAACUGCUGCUAUUCUGACAUCAUCCCCGGGUGCAGGAGUUUCAUCUCCCACGUCAGGAGCGGUUGGUCACUCGCAGACCGGUGUGGGUAAUGUACCUACCGGAAUGCCGGCCUCUGUCCCACAAAGUAUCUCAUCCAGUGUUCCGAACUCUUCCUCAGGCGGCGUGCCAUCUCCUAUCGUGUCGGUUUCUCUAUCCGCUACUACCGAGGUUAGGUCUUCCGACGGAACAACCGCUAUUCCUUCAGCUCAACCCUCAUCUGUCUCUGGGUUCGUUGGUGGGGCUGCCACCUCCAAUGGUUCCUUACCUGGUGUCAACGCCUUUGCGAGUAACGCGGGCAUUCCUUCGAUUCCAACCUCUCCUCAGACUGCUUCUGUAGCAUCCAUCAGUUCCGUUGCUAGUGGUAAUACUGUACCGAGUGCUAGUGGACAACUAGGCAUAGAACUUCCAGGAUCGGAAGAAGCUGAUUGUGAUAAAGGUACUUAUUCUUGUAAUGAUUUACAAUUGAGAAUUUGCGGGGAUAUUCAAUCGGGUAGCUCUAGGAUCGGCUGGAUCCCUACUGGUCAAUGUCCCACACAAUGCGAAGCUGAUUGUGGAGUCAUUAUGUGCAACUGA